AUGGCCCGCAAGCGCAAGGCGGUCGAGACCGGCAGUACGCGGAAACAACCAAAGACAACCCGCUCGACGAGCUCUGCUGAUGUAGCAGACUUCGAAGACGCUGGCGCGUCCGGCUCCACAAUGUCUACAAACACCAAACCGAAGCGGAAACCCCGACGAACGGCAAAGGAUCCGUGGGAGGAGGAAACGUUGAUGACCAGUACCACUUCACAACUGAUUGAUAUAGACCUUGUAAAACUGCUCGCGCGGCCGGAGGCAUGGAACUGCCUGGAAGAAAGCGAGAAAGAGGAGAUACUGAGUCUUCUUCCUGAGAGUUUACACCCGAACCGCGAGUCCACGUCCGAUGAUCCGGAAGCGAAGAUACCCCCUUUACCUGAAUCUUUCCUACGCUAUUCAAAUUUCUGGCGAGAUAGUAUUCGACUGUUUCAACUAGACCUCCAAAAUGGCCGUUAUGACCCUGAAUGGCAACGCCAAGCUCAUGAGGCUGUGCGCGAGAGGGAACAGGGGAAAUUUGACCGAUUUAAGGAGGAGGAAUUCGAAGAGUUUUGGGGCCAAAAGCAGAGAAUGGACAAAACUUUGGCUGCUGGACAGAGUUCCCAAGUGAAGUUGACUACGCUCAUUGAGCAUGGAGUUGUGCGCGAAGGCGAUGUCUGGAAGUAUUCGCGAACCUUUGCUGGCAAAGGGCGAAAUAAGAUCUUAGUAGAAAAGGAAGCAAAGGUAACUGCAGGCCCUCAUCUCUCGUCCGCCAAAUACCCCAUUCUGAAAAUUAACGGAAAGCGAAUGACUUUUGCGAUACCUUCAGGCCAACGUGUCUUCCUGCCUGCCGUUCAAGCUCCAGUUCAGCAGCGUUCUACGGCAAGUUCUCAGGACAAGGACGACGGGUUUUCCAAAACCGUGAUCCCCACGAACGGAGCUGCAAAGAAGAACGAAGAAGCACAGGGCGACACCGAUAACACAAGAAAGUCCAGAUCCUCCAGAAAGCGGAAAUCUGAAGUCGAGCUCGCUAGUCGCAAAAAACGUCAACAGGAACCUAUAUCUUCUGAGGAGGAUUCGCAGGACCGUGAGCCAGAUGACGACGUUGUCCUUGUAGCCAAUUCCAGAAGCGUGGCGGUGGAGGUCACCAGUCCUCGAGCAGAGGCAGAUUCAUUAAUUCCUACAAGGAUACUCGACACUAUCUCGACAACUAAUAACAAAGAAGGAGAAAGCGUUGCCGCAGCAGCAACUGAGGUCCUUCAAGAUAAUGUCACGUCUGGUGUAGCCAUGGACGAGGGGUCAUCCUCAACCAAUUUGGCCAGUGAUUCCUAUCAGACCUCGGAAAUCAUUCUAGAGAAUAUUGGGGGUCCAACUGCCCUCGCUCUGAAAAUCUUGGAAGUCGAUGGGCGUAUUAAGGACGUUCCCAACGGGAAUGCUUGGAAGGAAUUUCGAUCUUACCGAAACAACCAGGACAUGGGAAGUUUAUGGGAAGUCAGACAGGCUUGGUACCUUAGAGGGAAGUAA